AUGGCGCCCCCGGUCGAGAUCACCAUUCCAACAACUUCUCUCUCACCCACCUCUCCCCCUCAUACAAUCUACCACAUAGCCCUCAGACUCCCGCUCCGCUCCUUCACCGUCUCAAAGCGCUACUCAGACUUCUCUACGUUCCAUACGACCUUACUCAGUCAAACCAACGCAGAACCUCCAGUGCCUCUACCCGCAAAGGCCUGGUUCUCAAAUACCGUCUCCAACAGUAGCUUCCGCGAGGAUCGCCGUAGCGGCCUGGAAGAGUACCUCCGAGCAAUCAACGAUGCACCCGACAGCCGUUGGCGCAGCUCGCCAGUAUGGCGGGCAUUCCUCAAUCUCCCCACAGCAGCUACAACAAGUACAAACACCACGUCGACCCGUCUACACGCCGCAAUCACAGACCCCGGGAACGCGACAAAUGCCUCAAUCAUAGACCCAACCCUCUGGCUAGACUACUACCGCGACAUGAAAUCCCACCUCCACGACGCUAGACUGCAACUCUCGAAACGCGAUCAAGAAACCACACCACAGAGACAGCACGAGAGCUCUGCACAUGCCAAAAGCAGUCUCGUGCGCGCCAGCUCAAUGAUCAGUACCCUGGAAGAAGGACUCAAGAACCUCAGCACCCGAGGCGCACAGUCUAGAGUCACGCUGGGCGAGGGCGAGAUCCGCCGUCGUAAAGAUCUGCUUAUCAACGCGCGCAAAGAGAAAGAUGGGUUGGAGGAUCUGUUGCAUGCCAUGGCGACGAAGAGCCGACUUGAUCAUGCUGUGGCGUCUAUUCAGGAUAAGGAGGCGCUGAUCCGUGCUGGGAACGGUGAUGCGGCUAGUAAUGGCGGACGUCGCACCCCUGCAAGAUCGGGUAGAGUACUUGGGAAGGAGACGGAACGCACACGCGAGCUGGAUAAUAAGGGCGUUUUGCAGUUGCAGCAAGAGACGAUGCAGGCACAGGAUGCUAGUGUUGACGAGUUGUUGAAAAUUAUUAUACGACAGCGUGAACUUGGUACCGCCAUUCAUGAGGAACUGGAGGUGCAGAAUGAGUUGCUGAAGAUGACUGAUGAAGAUACUAAUAGACUUCAGACCAAGCUUGAUAUUGGUAAAAAGCGCAUCAACAAGAUUUCUUAA